AUGGAGAAGAAUAUUUGUCAAGUUUAUGAAGCUGAAAUCCAGGCACUGGAAGAAGAAAUUAAAGUAUUGACAGAGAAAUAUGAAGAAAUCCAGCAAGAAUACACCUCUUUUUCUGAUGAGGAGAUACUGAAGUCAAUAAAAUUAUUCCAAAGAGAAAUUCUGGGAGAAAAUAAGGGAUAUAAAUCUCCAUCAAACCUGAUAUUUCAGCUUGAAAAUCUAGAAACAGAUCUCUUAUUUUUAAUGAAAUUUACUGGUUUUCAGUUCACAAGUCAUUCCAAGAAGACACUGGAAAGAACUGGAAACAGGACAGUGCAGAAGAACAGAUUAUCAGGGAAGUGCCAUUCCCUGUCUUUUCAAUUGGAAUUCCAACUUACUAAAAUGCAGAACAAGGAGAAUGUGUCUUCUGUUAUUACUGAUCUCAAGAUCAUGAUGGAAUCUGAAGAAGGUUCAGAUGUGAGCAAGUUUGUGUCAAGAGCUGAAGAAUGUAGAAGUCUUUUAAAGUUUUUCAGAAGCAUUUCAUCCUAUGCUGAGUGGCAUGAACAUCGCAGAAACACCUUCCUGCAUUUCAAGGCCAAGUAUCCUGACAUUGUGGCCCUUCCAGAAGGAUUGCUGGGAGAUUAUAUCAUUCUAAGGGACCCCAGAGUUCCUGAGUUUGAAUUAAUGGUUGUCUGGAAGAUCCAUCUGGAUGAGGAAGGAAGAACUACACCUGUCCUGGACCUGCUGACAAAAGUACCCGAGCAAGUCCUGGAGCAGAAUCUGAGUGCUGUGGAGAGUGCCCCUGCCUGCUUCAGGAGCAUGCUGCAGCUCCUUGGGAUCGAGGCAGCCAUCGAGAACCUCAUCAAGAUGGUUGGCCUGGGAAAGUGA